GAUGAUAUAACAUGUUUAUUGUUUCUGUUAUUGAACAUUAAAGAAUCUGGCAAAGACAUUUUUGUAGUUGCCCGGCUUUUGAAAUAUAAUUUCCACCAUGAUCGCUUGUGUAUUAAUCUGCAUAUGAUUCAAAUCGAAGAUCAAAUAAUGUCUCUGAUAAAAUCUACAAUUCUGUAUAUCCAAGAUAUUACCGCAUUACAAGUGAAUGUAAAAAUUAAUAACAAGGGCUUCAAAUAUUGACAUAAAACUGAUAAAAUUUAACAGUAAAUCAAAAAGAUCACCCCUUAUCUCAGUAAUGGAACGAUCGAUCUUCUAUGUUGAACAGUGGCCAAGGGAUCUUUACAACUGAACUAUUUCGAUUAACUUUCUUAUAAGGUAACUAUAAAUAUGACGACGGAAGACUGAAAAAAAGCGUCAAGUAACCUUGGUUACGUUGGAAAAAAUGGCGACUACGGAUACGGACAGUGUCCACGAUCACAUGACCAGACUGCGGAUGAAAAUGGUCAAUCAAAAAAUCGCAAAUGAAAGAGAAAAGUUGAAUAGACCUAGCUCGACAGAAAGUGCAAAUGAUGUCGAUGAACAAUUACGUCUUCAGCAGGCUAUGUUAAGAAGACAAGAACUGUUAGACAAAAUAAGGCGUGAGCAAAUAGUGAAUCACACCUCUGUAGCGGAUAACCGUCGACCGAGAUCAUAUAGUGCUAGACGGCGGUAUACUCCGUCCCCCGUACAACCUCCCCCCUCACGACGCUCACUUCCAGACUUUAACAGAAACAAUGGAGAUUACACAUACCGAGAACGAGAUAACUACCAACAACCUUUCUAUGGUGAUAAUAAAGGUGAGGUUAACUACCAACAACCUCACUAUGGGAACAAUGAAGAAAUGUCACAAGUGAAACACGUAAUUAAACACACAAUUGCCACACCUCGGCAAUACCAUUUACCUCCAAUAAUGAAUGCACCACAGCAGCCAAUGAUACAACAACAACCCUCACCCUUACAACACAUUAUACAACAAGUACCUGUUCCGCAAGUGACGUACCAGAACCUAGUACCAGAUAACAACCAACAGAAGUCGUCAUCAAUGUUUAAUAAAGGAGAUUUUAUGGACAUGAUGAUGAUUCAACAUCAACAAGUUAACCAAUUAGUCAUGCAACAAAUGAUGAUGCAACAAUUUGGUGGUCAAAACAGACAAUCUUAUCCAUGCUACCCUUCUUAUUAUUAUGCAGAACCAGCACAGCCUGUUUUGAUGGCCCGUCCUGGAGGUGGACAAGUACAUCACCACCAUUACUCAAUGACCCCACAGCCAAUGGCUGCCCCAAUGCAGCAACCUGUAGUCCAUCAUUACCAACCUUUACCGCCUUUAGAUGGACGAAUGAUGUCCCCAGCCAGGGCUAUAACAGAGAGACGAAUGGCACCUGCACAAACACGCAUAGCAGAACCAAGGGCAAGGUCAUUAUCACCUCCACCAGUGGCAGCAAAAAGAUCGAAUCAAGGAAACAGACCAAGUAGUGUAUUUUUAUUUGGUAUUAUUCUGAAAGAAAUUGUGGCAGCUUUACAUAGAAUUUAUUUAAAUCCAAGUGGCAAUAUUUAUCCAGUCUUAGCUGAUAUCAUAAGCCCAAAAGCUUAUGAUUUAACAAAUUUGUUAAGAGGAAGAACAAACGAACGAGAAACUCAGGUCAUGAUUCAGGAACUGCAAUAUGUAGUGGAAAAUCUUGUUUAUCACAUGACAGAAAUUAUGCCAAGCACUGGUGUUUUAGGAACCCAUAGAAAGUCUGCAGUAUAUGAACUGAUCAAAGAUGGGAAACGGUUUCCUGAUGGUUAUUUUUGGCAAGUAGAACUGGACAGACUGCAGUUUACAGAAAAUGGGAGGACAGCAGGAGUAGGAGAUGCAGAGGGUUUCUUAUUAAUUGUCGGAAUUUAUAUAUCUAGAAGUCUCAUCACAACAUUGUUAAUGAAACCAGUGGACUAUGGACUGUCAUCUCAACAACUGUCAGAUAUAGCAGAAAGAAAUCUGAAAAUUCUUGCCACAACUUUGUUGUAUUUAGUUAGACGUGUCUCGGGUUCAAGAGGAAGAGCAAUGAUGCCAAUGCCCUCGGAAAUAUCAAAAUACUUAUAUACUGACGAAGAAAUGCGACCUGUCUAUGGUAAAAUGGCGAAAUCGUUCAAUUAUGCGGAGGGUUUACUUAGAGAGUGGGGCCAGGAAUAUAUGAAAAGAUUGCGGGCGGCACCAGUGCCAAACUAGUAUGACGAUAGCUUUUGAAUGGUCAAUUUUACAAGUUGUAUAUUUUAAGGAUAGUGCUAUGUGUCGCAAAUUAAGACAAUUACCUAAAUUUUUUACUCAAUUUGCCAUUUAUGGUAAAAAUACCAUCUCCUGUCCUUUGCUGUUUGCAAUUUUUGGUCUGGUUAUUAUGUGAUUUGUUGUAAUCUUGCUAUGAACCAGUUCGAUAAAAAAAUAUUCUUGGUUACCAAGCUACUCCUUUUGUGCAUACUUGAAAGAUUUCAAUUGUUUUGAAUUCUAUUAAAGAGAAAACCACAUUGUAACAAUCUUCGUUAAAGACAGUUGACCAAUGAAAAAAACAUUAAACAUGUUUCUUGUAUUUAAUAAUCACAAAUGAACACAUAAACUGUUUAAUCGUUUUCAUUUGCAAUAUUGUAUAGAAAACAUGUCUGACAUAUUCAGGAAGUAAUUUUUAAAAUUA